AUGGGGAACCUUCUUAAAGUGUUGACUUAUAACGAGCUUGACCAAGGCCCUAAUUUUUUCCUUGACUUUGAACGUGAGAAGGGAUUUUUUUAUUUUUUUGCCUUUGUUUUCAUUCAUGACUUUCUUUCAUUGAUUUAAUUCAUGAUUAAAAUUGAUUUAUUUCGUUUUGUGUGGAGGUGUAGAGGCAAGGGCUUGUAUCCUCAGGUCAGUUUCUUGUGGAUUCAGCGCUGCUCAGGCAUACAAGUGGGGGUUUUUUGCAGCAGCCACACAAUGUUGACCUCACCAAAAUGCCAUCCCAUAUCCCUAUCCAGAUUUACCACUUCCACAAGUUAUUUACUUACCAGAUUUCCCAUGGAAAUGGUAAAAAAACAAAACAAAAAUUCCAUAUUAAAAAGGAGAAUAAUAUGGGACAGCAUGUGGAUGCUGCAAAAACAUUACUGAAUGAGCAGCACCGAGUCAGCAAUAAACUGCCGUGUGGAAUUCCCCAAGAAACUUCAGGGUGAGAUCUAGAGAGCAGAGGAGGGAAUCAGCAACCAGACAAGAUAAUGGCUGCUGGGCUGUGCACAGCAGAAAUAUGCUUCUGUUGCAGGUGCAAUGCCUUCUUUCUGGCAAGAUGAUAAUUAUAUAGCAGUGGGAAAGGGCAGUAGCCAAUCACACUGAGAGCAAAGGAGGUGGGGCAAGGGAAGAGAUUGGUGGACCUUCUCAGAAUCCUGGAUAGUGGACAGUUGUUUUCUGAAGGGGAGGGUGAUGGGCCAGAAAGUAAGGCUUCUCCUCCAGCAAAGCGCUCAGAAGCUCCCACAUUUGGAGACGUCCUAUAGGCAGCAGUCUGCAUCUCCUCCAGAGUGAUGGCCUGACUGCAGUCACAUUUCCAGGAUUUGUUAGAGUUGUGCUAGCAUCUCAGUGAAGAGGCAUUUAGCAGCCCUGCGGUGUCCAGACAGCGUUGCCAAACAAUUAACUUACGGGGUUUGAAUGGCACAUUGCCACACCUCCUCACAAGCAGACACCAGCCUGGACCUGGACUGCUGUAGGUGGGCUCUGUGUGCCUGACCCCCUCCCCCUUCUCAAGCUCUCAUAGGGUGUGCAUGAGAACUGGUGGGCCCUAGGGCUGCUGAAGGUAUGCAUUCUGGGGAGAGAGGCAUGGAAGACGAGUUAGCGCUAGCUAAGGCGGGCAGGCAGGCCAACAGUCGUGGAGCCCUGCUUUGGGGAGGAGAGUGGUGGGCAGCUCACUGCCUAGGAUGCCAUUGGCUUAGUGCCUCCUAGAGUUUUGUUUUUUAUACUUUGUGGUUUCUUUUUGGUCCUCCUGUAUAUUUAUUUUCUAAUAUUUUCCCGGUAUAGCUAAGGGCCAAAGGUCUGUGGCAGCCCUCCCCAGCUUGUUGCCCUCAAGAUAUUUUGGACUACAGUUCCCAUCAGCCCCAGCCAGCAUGGUUAUAUGAGUCAGGGUUUGUCCAUUUUUACGUUUGUUCUGUACCUAGGAAGUACGUGUCUGGGAGGUUUUCUGCUUUUCCCAUGCUUUCUAGGCACAUGUCCAAGUGGUUUUCAGUUUGCUUGGCCGCUUUCUUUGGGGAAACCCACUUUUUAACCACUGAAUCAGAGCAAACGUCAAUCCGUGGAAAACCCAGUUGACAUUUGUGGAUGAGCCCUCGCUGAGGCUCAUGGGAGCUGUAGUCCAAAAUGUCUGGAGGGCUACAGAUGGUAAGGGUGGUCUGUGGGCUUCCCAGAGAAAAACAUGCAAGAGAGGGGCUCUGUUGCAGCUCACAGGCCGGGCCAUGGCUUCCCAGUGCUCUUUGGGGGCAGUCCAAGACCUCAUCCCCUCCCCAGGCGGUUGCACAAUGUGACCUGGGUACACCCGACAAGCCUUGCCCAUGAUGCCAAGGGGCUUGGGGGGAGGCAGAACUCUCUGGUUGCAAAUGGCUACUCGCCUGGUCCCCCUGACAUUCCUUGGGUUGCCCCCCCCAACCCCUGACCAGGCCGAGGGAGCUCUUGGACCCCCUCAUUCCAAGCAAGCCAUCCCAAUGUCCCUCCCUCCCUUCCCCCUGGGGCUGGGCUGAGAAAGUGUCCUGCAGCACGAGUGUCCUGACCUCUCCCUUUCUCUCUGGGUGGGGUUCGCUGCAGAUGCACAGCCCACAGAAGCCGAGACAGCUGUGUGGAACCAGGUGAACGCUGUCCUAGAGGAGGCGCAGACCAUCCUGGCGGAACUGCAGUCCUACACCGGAGCUGGGCAAGAGAUCAGAGAGGUACUAGGAAGAGCCUGCUGGAUCAGGCCAGUGGCCCACCCAGUCCAGCAUCCUGGUCUCACAGUGGCCAACCAGAUUAUUCAGCAACUAGUAUUUAGAAACAUUGCUGCCUCGGACUGUGGAGGGCAGAGCAUAACCGUCAUGGUAUGACCUGAGCCCUUCCCAAAGCUGACCCUCAUAUCCCAGAGCUAGGAGCAAUGCUAGCAAGUGGUCUGAAUUUUUUCCCCUCUCCCCACAAUGAUUUUUGUACUUUUGCAAAGCUAACAUUUCAGGAAGAAAACUUAGCAGCUUGUGUUAUUUUAUCACAGGCCAUCCAAAACCCCAGUGACUUGCAGCUCCAAGAAAAGGCAUGGAACGCCGUGUGUCCCCUUGUGGCAAAGCUGAAGCGUUUUUAUGAGUUUUCUCUUAGACUUGGUAAGUGCCCUCCCACAUCCCAGCAAGAGGGGGCGUUCUCUCAUUUUCUCAUUCUUCUCAUCUUCAGUCCAGUUCGACCUACUUCCACAUUAGUUUGCAAACUUCUCUCUCUCUUUUUUUUUUAACAUAAGGAAACAGUGUCACAUGAAAAUGUCUUUCUUCCUAAUAUGCCAAUCUGGGUACAUGACUUUGUUUAGCAUAUACAUUUUUAAGAGGCAAUUUGUCCCUAAUACAAUGCAUUUCUUUAUGAUGAUUUCACGAAAAUACUUGCUUCUGCAUGCCCUUCUCAUUACUAUAAACAUUUUUGGUGUGAAUUUUCGAAGGAGAAGCUGUGCUUUGGUUCCAGAAGCAAAGCUUUGGCAGGUUCACAUUAAAAUGUAAAUUGCACUAAUCCUGCAAGCUGUGCAGGGAUUGGCCAGGUGAGGGGGCUGCUGCCCAACUUAACCAUCUCCCCUCCUCCUGUCUCUCCCAGAGAAUGCCUUGCGGAGCUUGCUGGAAGCUCUCACCAGCCCACCUUACGCCCCGACUCAGCACCUGGAGAGGGAACAGGCUCUCGCCAAACAGUUUGCAGAAAUCUUACACUUCACCCUCAGUUUUGACGAGCUCAAGGUACGUGUGGGAGGAGCAGCCGCCAACAGUGGUUGGUCCAGCGGCAGCAGGGAAUGUGAUCAUAAUAACACAUGCAUAAUAACAAGUAAAAAACCUCCCAUAGGGUCUUCUGACUCUUGCUCCUGUUGAACAAUAUUAGGCACUUUGCACAGCACCCACUCUGGAUGGUUGGCACAGGUGCAGAUGUAGCCUGCAAAAUACAUACACACACACACCAUCACCAUCCCUUUCCCUCCCAUAUGUGGAGAAAAGUCUUCUGCUUCAUCUUCUCCAUGAAUGAAGUCUCCCUUCUCUGUCUCCCAGAUGACCAACCCUGCCAUCCAGAAUGAUUUUAGCUACUAUAGAAGAACCAUCAGUCGAAACCGGAUCAACAACCUGCAGGUAAGGAACGGUUCCUUCCUUUCGCUGGGAGGCAGAGGAAAAACCCAGGCUGGGCAAAAUGAAUGGAAAUUCUAAUGGCAAAGGAAUGGUGGGAACUUGAAGCUGCCAUGCAAGUGGAAAUGUGCAGAGAUGUCAGAGCAAACAGAGUAUGUUCACUUGAGAGCCAGGGCUCAUCCGCACUUCCUCUUGACCCAUAUUUUGAUUGCCUUGUGUACUGAUUAAUUCCCUCAGGUCCAAGAGCGUUUCUUGUUCUCCAAAGGCUGUACCUUGCAAAAAUCCAAACUUACCUGCUGAACUGAAGCUCAAUUAAGCAAAAUCACUCUUUGGAUUUUCUGCAUAUCCAAUUCAGCAGGCAAGAUCGGAUUUUCGCAAGACACAGUGAGAAAAGCUCUCGGAUCUGGGAGAAUUAAUCAGCACACAACACAAUCAAAUUAGGGGUCAAGCAAAAGUGUGGAUGAGCUCUGUCAAGAAAAAGAAUAAUGGAAAGCCAAGUGGGAGGGGGAAUGGAACGGAAUGACUGGAAAAGGAGAGAGACAUAGAUAUAAAAAGAGGAAAAUGAACUAUCUCGUCUGGAUAGGUGGUUUCCUGUUUCACACUGAGAAGUUAUUUUUAAAUGUCCCCAGGGAUGGAAAUGAGAGCUGUCCAUAGAAAUAAACAUAGAAAUUCAACAUUUUAAGGUAGCUGGGGUUGGGCAACAUGGUGCCCACCCUCUACCACCAACACACACACAUACACACACACACAAAAGUAACAACAGAAACAACCUAGUAAGGACUGAGCAUGCCCAGUGGGCAUGGAAUGUUGGCUGAUUUUGGUGGGAAGGCGAUGAAAAACUGAUGGAGUAGAGUUGCUGGGACCUUAAACAGAAGCCCUCCAUGCCGCAACGUUUUGCUGCAACUGAUCUCCGUUCCUGCCCUGCAGUUAGACGCUGAGAGUGAGGUGAACAACGAAAUGGCCAACCGCAUGUCCCUCUUCUACGCAGAGGCCACCCCAAUGCUGAAGACUCUCAGCAAUGCCACGACCAAAUUUGUUUCAGAGGUGAGUGAUGCCUCCCAAGGCACAAAGAAGACAGAGGCAAGAGUUGCCAAGACCACCUUAACAUGACAGCCUGCUGCAAAGUCCAGGCUUGCUUGGUUGUUCAUGCAAGGUUAACACUGCACACUAGCUGGUGGGUUGAUGGGCAGAAUCCACCCCAAGGAAUCUGUGCUGUGGUGGCACAGGGACUGGGGCUGCCUCUCUCCCUUCAGAUAUUCAGCUUGCUCUCUCCCUGGGGAGGAAGAACAGGGGGUAAUCAGCAUGCAAACUGGGUCUCCUUUCAGAACAAAACUCUUCCCAUUGAGGACACGACUGACUGUUUGAGCACCAUGGCCUGUGUCUGCCGGGUGAUGCUGGAAACGCCGUGAGUACAAUGCCCUACAUGAUUAUAGGCCCCAAAGGCUGAGAAAAGUGGCCUUCAGGGUUGCACACAUACAGCAGAGUCUAAAAAGCCACACAAUGGACAAUUGCAAUUAAAACCCGACUAAACUGAGACCCCAUGUUAAAAAUAUGGGGUUACUCAGAAACUACAAUUAAUCCAGAAUGUGGCUGCUAGACUGGUGACUGGGAGUGGCCACCGGGGCCACAUUUAUUAUUAUCAUUAUUAUCAAAUGAAUGUGCAAAAAUGUAAACAAAGAAUCACCAAGGGCCACCGUACAAUGGGAUUGGUCAGCCUUCUACAUGCCGCAAAGCUACUUACCUGGUGAGCCUCUCUAGGGAGGGAAUUCCACAUCAGAGGGGCAACCACUGCAAAGGCCCUGUUCCUGGUCACCAGCAUUUUGACCUCUGGACCAGGCAUCUGUAGCAAGCCCCCACCCACUAGAUGACUUUAAGGGACCCAUACAGGAAAUCACAUCUUUUUAGAGUCUUUAGGCUGUGUUUAGCAGCUCCAUGGUAUGAGCUCCCCAGGAAAGCUGGGAAGGAAAUGUGGGGCAUGGCAGCUGGUCCAAGGAGGCUUGUUCAUGAACCUCUUUCUUGUUUGCAACAGGGAAUAUCGGAGCCGCUUCACCAACACUGAAACUCUCCUUUUCUGCAUGCGGGUGAUGGUGGGGGUCAUCAUUCUUUAUGACCAUGUCCAUCCUGUGGGGGCUUUCGCCAAGACCUCCAAAAUUGACGUGAGUGACAUUUCUCUCUUCAUAUAGAAACAUCAGUCAGAGAAACUCAGGGAGCUGACAAGCCAGCCUUUGAUGACCUUGACCUUCUUGAUGUUUUGGACUACAACUCAGCAGCCUCAAAAUAAUAUAGCCUUAACAACUGGGGCUGAUGGGUGUUGUAGUUCAAAACACCUGGAGGGCACCAGGUAGGGGAAGGCUGGAGCCUCCAGUGUUUUUAGUGACAGUUGAUCCUCAAUUAGCUUUUAAAGGGAAGGACGAGCAAAGAUCCAUAGGAGCAACCAAGCAUCAGAAGAACCAUGCUGGGUGGGACUUUCCAUUCCAGUCUAAAUGUGGGGUUUUCCCCCUCUCUUGCUGCACCUCCCAUAUCCACAUGUUCUGGAAGACCGUGUUUUGCCUUUCUCAAAUCUCAUGAAUCUGCUCACAGACAAAGGGACUGUUGUCAGUAUAAGUGGGUGCACUUUUCCAACAUUUCCCCCCUUUGAAAUUUGACUAACAAGGGUUUUUUUUCUUUUUCUUUUUUAAUGCCGGUAGAUGAAAGGAUGUAUCAAGGUCUUGAAAGACCAGCCUUCCAACAGCACAGAAGGCCUUCUGAAUGCACUGAGGUAAGGCAGCCCAAGAGGCACCUUUGAGGAAAUGGGCUUUGGCAACCAGAAAAGGUCUGCUGCAGCUCUCAGAAAAGAGCUGCAAGCGCAUGCACACAUGCACGCACACACACACCUUGCACAAGCACCAGGAUUGCACUGGGAUGACUUGGCAGCCUAGGCAGGUGCUGGAGUUGAAGAUAGAUAGCAUGGAAGGAUUUUCAGAAACUGAAAUUGGUUUUGUAGACAUGAGCAGUUCUUAUUGAAGGAGUGCUGUGGCAGGAACUGGAGAAGUUGACUGUUACUAAAUGACCAUUGUCCUGGCUUCACAGAAGGAACUCCCUCGUGCAUUGCCCUCACAUCACAAUUAUCCUGUGGGGCAGACCAUUAUUCCCAUUUUACAGCUGGGGAGUUGAGGCCAGCAGCCUUUCCAGUGUGCAUCGCACAGGAGGGGCUGGCCUGAGUCCUGGAUUCCAUACUAGCUCCUGCCCACCAGCCGGUGCUUUGGUAUCAAGGGAGCUGCAGUUUCUCAACACUCAGACCACUGUAUGCUGUUCAGGGACACUGCAUCUUCCCCGUCCCCAACAACUGGCAUUUUAAUUGCUUUGGCCAGCAUCACAGAAACCUACCUUUUAGUCCAGGCGUGGGCAGCCUUUGGCCAUCCAGAUGUUGCUGGACUACCAUCAUCCCUGACUAUUGGCUAUGUUGGCUGGGCCUGAUGGGAGCUGAUGUCCAACAGCACCUGGAGGUUCAGCUAUUGGCUACACCUGGGCAUUCAGGUUCCUACCCUCUACUCACCGGCAAACUCCCCUUAUAUCCACGCUUCCUUUCUGCCAAACUAGUCCCACACUAAGAAAUCCCACAUUUUUACCUUUGAUCAGGGGCUUAGACGUGUAUUGCACCUGUUCCCACAGCGGCCAGCACAAUUGGCUUCUUUUCUCUACAACUGGUGUGCCCUUUCCCACUGCCUCCCUGCUUCUUCCUAGGUACACCACCCGGCACCUCAAUGAUGACACCACAUCCAAGCAGAUCCGGGCCUUGCUGCAAUGA